AACAAUCUCAACCGCAUGAUUUACGCUUUACUUAAUUAUCUAACCGUUGGAUCAUGUUCGUUCCCAGUCACACUCACUCUCCUUUCCUCUCUCUCUAGCUUUAAUAUUUUCUGAUCUUCGCUUUGCUGAUUCACUCUCAAGUGGCAUCUUCUUCUCCUUCACCGGUUCUGCAUUCUUCUCUCUUACCCUGUUUGAGGAAGUCUAUGUCGGUCCUUAAGCGGGAUUGAACUAUCAAAUGGAAUGUGCUACUUCGUCUCAACCAUUGCGUACUCAACUGAAACAAUGCAUGGAGACUCGUCCUGGUGGUGUUGAGCCAGAGCUUGUCAAGUAUAUGUCUAAGCUGCCUGUUUUCUUGGAGAGAGCUGAUACCACCACUCAGGAGAAUCUCUUGAGCGUUGGUGUUCUUCCCUGGAGCCGCUUGGAGAAUUGGCACCAUAGUCAUAAUAACCGGAUGGUGAUGAUGAUGCCAGUCAAGAAUAGGUUUCCUUCUUCAUUGGUUCCGCCGCCUAGGAUUGUGCAUCAAAGGAGAAACCGUAGCUCACGGCAGACAAAGAAACCUAAAGACCAUAGAGGAGGUCUCAGCGUACCAGAUGAGCAGCAGCUGGUUCUAAACACUAAUGCACAAGAUGGAGUUGAGAAGAAGGUUCUGAAAGGGAAGAUCUGCCCCAGAACUGGAACUUUAUCAAAAGGACUAAUGAGUCAAGAGGUUGGCGUGCACAAGGAGGUAAUCUCUAUGGCUAAUAUUAGUAGAAACAAGAAGAGUGAAAAGAAGCAAGAGGAAACCAAACUCUAUCACUCAACUAAGAAGCUAUCUCUAAAAGAGGCUAAGACCUCCAAGAAGAGUUCAACUAAGAAAGUCCAGGUUGUUGUUGAAGUCGAUUACUCUACUCAACAUUCUUGCCCCUUGCCAUGUAAAUUAGCUGAUGAAAAAGAAACAAGCCAUUUAAGAAGGUUUAUAGAACCUCUACUGAAGCCAAGAGCAACUCACUCUUCUGGCGUUCAAAGAAAAAAACUGGCUAUCACCGGUUGCAAAACAGUAAAUGUGAACGAUUCAGCUCACGAGAAGAAGGUUCGAGCCGUUCUGCAUGCAACAGUUAAGAACAACCAGCCACUCUUUACAUUUACAGUGAACAAAGAAACCAACAUUCUUGCGGCCACACAAAAGAAAAUGGGAAGCUCGGACGACGAGGGUGAAUGCAUUAGUGUUUACACUUUCUUCUCUAUUAAAGACAGAAACAGCUCAUGGUUAAACCAAAGAGGCAGAGGCCAAACGCAUGGUGUUAUCAUCUCUAACGUUGUUGCUCAGAUGCGGGUCUCCUCGAGCUCUUCUUUGCCAUCCUCUGGUUCCAUCAGAGAGUUUGUUCUCUUCUCUGUAGAGCUUGAUCAAGAGAGCGUGGGAAAGUCUGAUCAUCUGCAGCUGAAAAACGAGCUAGCCGCUAUCAUUGUGAAGAGGAGGGCAUCACUAAAUCACAAUGCAGUAAAUAAAGACAUUAGUGCUACGGUCAUACUUCAAAGCGGUGUUCAUAGUAUGCCUCAUAAAGGAGGAGGGCCUUCGUCUUUGAUACAGAGAUGGAGAACAGGUGGGUCUUGUGAUUGUGGAGGUUGGGAUAUGGGCUGCAACCUCAGGAUUCUUACAACUUCAAACUCAUUCGAGCUUUUCUUUUUGGGAGAACAAGCAGCAGAGAAUCCAUUUUUGUGCUAUAAACCAAUCAAGGAAGGGAUAUAUUCAGUUGUGUAUGAUUCAUCCCUUUCACAACUACAAGCUUUCUCUAUAUGUAUGGCACUUGCUGAGAGUAGGAAAAUGUCAGACUUCACCCUUGGUCACAAAACCUCUCGUGAUGAACAUAAAGCUAGAGUGGAAAGUGUGUUAGUCCCGGACCAAAUGUUCAAAGACUAAUGGCAACUAUCACCUGUUGGGCGGGUCUGAAGUUUAUAUUAUUACUUCAAACCCAAAUUUUUACUUACAGGUUAGUGUUAAGCCUAGUGUAAGUCAGUUGCGGGAAAUAAGAAAGCAUCAAGAUCUUUUAAAGUAGCUAGCUAGGUUAAUGUGUAUCCAACCAAAAGAUAAAUGAUCGUCCCAACUCUUUUUAAGUGUGAAUAUUUUAUAUCUUAUUGUAUGUAUAAUGUUGGUCUACUUUUAAGCUGUGAAAAUCUUUGGUCUCUGGAAGUUUAAAGGGGCUUUUUUGGUGUUGCCAUGUGAUUCAUUGUCA